AUGACUAGUACCUCGACUAUAACAACAUCACAGUAAGUAAUUUAAAUAAAUUGUUUUCUCAUAUAAAAUUUACGACAGUGUUCCAAAUAAUAGACGUUAAGAUAGCCAUUCUACUUGUAUUAUUCAAUUGUUUGUCAGUUUGAGUUCAUGUUAUGUCUUAUGGGGUUCUAUAGCAUUAUAAAGUCGUGGUAGAAUCUUCCAAAAACACUUCAUUGUUUUGAUUCAACUGUACACUUUUCAUUAGUUUACCCUUAGUGAGGUUUACUUAUAAUAAUGUCAAGUUGCUUCGUUUUAUGCUGAUUACUGUUGAUGCCAAUUGUAAGAAAUAACUAUUUUGUGUACAUAUAGGCCUACUAUAUAAAAACUUAAAAGCAAAGAUUUGUUUAAUGAUAGAAUUAUAUAUUUUUAUUUAUACUGUAUAUUAUUUGCACAUAAACCUAUUAUAUAUUUUUAAAUGGAAAUGUUUAUAGCAUGUUAUUAAUUUAUCAUCUGUAGGAAAAAUAGGGAGGCUAAAAGCAGAAGAAUUUCAUAGGGUCUCUAACCAAAAUAAAACGUUAUUACAAGGGAUACUGUCGAAGAACGGUUCUAACAUGAAAAUAAAUUACAAGUGAAUAAAUUUGCCAAAAGUCUAGUACAGUAGUUGGAUUUGUGGAAGUCUCAAGGGUCUUUCACAAAUCCAUUUAAUGACUAAUGUCAAUAUUACUGCAUUGUUUGUACUAUAUAAUAUGAAGUGCAAAAGACUUAGAAAGCAAAUUAAUAAAAAAUUCCCCUGUUUCAGGAAAUAUUAUAUUAUUACUUAAUUUAUCAAUAUAUUUCAUCACACCAUUUUGAAUUGAGGGCAUUUAAAUAUAUCUUUUACAGGCCUAUGAAAUGGAGUGACUCACAUGAUAUACUAUUUGCAAGAGAAGUUUUGGUUUCCAGUCUGUAUGAGACCCGAAACGGAAGUCCUGAAAGAGGAAAAGUAUGGGAUGAAAUAGCAGAAAAUCUUAACAAAUUGGAAAGUCCAAAGUUCCAUGUAUCCAAGAGGUCAUUAAGAGAUCGUCUUAAUCUACUAAUCAAUAGAUACAAAGCUAAAGUCAGAGAAGAAGAUCUAGCAAGUGGCAUCAGCCCGGAUGAUGAUGAACUUAGCUCAAUGUUAGAGGAAAUUUGUGAUAAAGAGGAAGAAUGGAUGCAUAAUCCUCCAUGUGAAUCAAAGAGGAAGAAAGCAGAACAAGAUAAAGUUACAGCCGAGGAAAUGAGAAAAAAAGCCAUGGAGACUGUAGGCGAAACAAAAAAAGGAAUGAGGACAAUGGAGCAGAGGGAUCAUUGAAAAAAAGAAGAAGGAGCACAAGUGAUGCCAUAGAAUUUUUAAAGGAAAAAGCUAAGGCUGACUUAUCACUAAAAGAGAGGGAAUGUGAGCUCCGAGAAAAAGAACAGUCAAACAGUGCUUUGUUGUUGGAACAGCAAAGUAAAAUGCAAAAGGACAUGCUCAUGUUUAUACAGCAACAGCAACAAGAUCAGCAAAAGCAACAGCAGCUUCAACAACAACAGCAUGUACAAACCAUGCAGGCUAUGUUUCAACAACAGCAGAUUCAGAAUCAGGCCCUCAUGACUCUCCUGGACAAAUUUGCAAACAAAUAG